AGAAGUGAGGUAAUCGGAGUGAGGUUGAGGAGGUAAACAGUGAUGGCUGACACUGAGAGCUCGUGCACCUCCGUCGACGACAGGACGGAGGACCUUGUCUCCCCCACCAGGGACGCUCUCGUUGACGGCAUCGUCGGCCUCCUCAAGCCUUGCCUCGACCAGCUCGACGACCGUGUCCGUGCUACCAGAGUGAGUCAGAGUGAGCUGCACCAGCAGCUAGAAGGACUGGCAGCAGAGUUGUCCCGGGUGCAGGAGCAGACUCGUUGUCCCUUGCAACUGGACGCUUAUAUUAAGAAGCUGCAGAAUGCAAAGAGAAGAGUAGUUGUAGUGAACAAUAUCCUCCAGAAUACGCAGGACCGUCUCAACAAGUUACACUCUCAGGUAAAUAAGGAAAAUGCACGUCGUAGAGCUCUACUAGAAACAACUUCCCCAUUAUCAAAUACACCAUCAACCUCUCUUCAUGCUCCUUAACUAAUACUUGGUUCCUCUACAAAGAUUACAGUACGUAUUUCCAAAGAGCGUCACAUGUCGAAAUAUUAUAAAUUGGUGAGCUGCAAGUGACAUUCUGAAUAUUUGUCAUGUGAAAUUUGGUUUAGCGCACAUAUGCAGCUUGGAUUGUCAUGUACUCUACCUGAUUUACAGAGUUCAUAAAAUUUUCUUCAUAUAGCACUCUCUCUUUAGGGUUUUCGUUCAAAGAUAUAUAGCUGGAAGUUUUAUAAAGUGGUAAAUCUAGUGUGCCAAUAUUCAUGACUAACAUUCCAUUAUUAUUUUGCUAUUAGGUAUAAAGUAUAAAGUUCUUGUAUAAAGUCAAUGUAAAUAUGCCUGACUCAGGCAUACUGCUGUGCAUCUAGUCAUUUGCGAAUCAUAAUAUUUAUAUUUUUUUAUAAUCUG